UUCGCCGCAGGACAUAUAUUCUUCCACUAUUGCUUUGAAGGAGAUUUCGCCUACGGUAUCUCGAUGCUGCCGACACUCUCAGCAUUUGGAAAUUAUGUCAUCAUCAACAAAUCCUAUCGCCGCGGACGAGGAGUUGAGGUGGGCGAUAUUGUGAGCUUCAAGCAUCCAGUUCGCGAAGGCGAAUAUGCGGUCAAGCGGGUCUUGGGUCUUGAGGGAGACUUUGUGCUCAUGUACACGCCGGGAGCGAACGAUACGAUGUUACAGGUCCCCAAAGGCCACUGUUGGGUGAUUGGCGAUGAUUUACCACACUCGCGCGACUCUCGGACGUUCGGUCCACUGCCCAUGGCACUAAUAUCUGGCAAAGUCAUCGCGAAG